AUGGAUCUUGUUAUCGGAUUUGCUGAGAGGAUCCAAACCAGGGUUUUUGGGGAUUUAGAUGCCUACAAAUUCAUUCGUUUGGUAAUCAUCAUUGGAGGCUAUAUUUUUCUAAGGAAUAGAGUCUCCGACUAUUUAAAGCAAAAACAACUGAAGGAACAAAUUAUCAGGGAUAAACAGAUGAGGGAGGAGAAGCUCAUAAAUGAUCCGACAGGAGAAAUUGAGAGAGCUGCAAAUGAAGAUUUAUUUGCUGAACAUGAAGGUAUUGGUAAGAGUGAGAAAGCCUGGGGUUGGGGUAAGGCGACCAGGAGAAAAGUGGCCAAACAGAAGGCACUAUUUGAGCAAGAAAUUGAAAGAGCAGCAAUCGAAGCACAGUCAAAAUUGCAAAAGGGUUACGACAGUGACGAAGAAAUUAAUGAGUUUUUGCAAGAUUGA